GGUCGUCACAGGUGGUUCAGUUGGCGGAGUAUUGGAACCAAACAAAGAAGAUCUCCAUGGUGUUCCUCUCCUCUCAUAGAUUACAUGUGUAAACAAAUAAUUUCUCCUCCCAGGGGAAGCUGAACACCACCAAGAUGACGGAUGGAAUGCUCUCAUUAUCAUGGAACAACCACAGUACUACAUUUUGUCACAUGCUCUCACAGCUGAGACACAAGGAAAGAUACACUGAUGCUACUGUUGCUUGUGAAGGUAAAUUCUACCCAGUGCAUAAACUUGUGUUAUCAACUUGUAGCCAAUAUUUUGAGGACAUGUUUGAACACACAUUGGGAAAACAUCCAGUUGUGUUGCUACAAGAUGUAAGACGUGAUGAGCUAGAAGCUCUUCUCAGCUACAUGUACGCUGGUAUUGUGAGUGUUGCCCAAAGGGAUCUUGCUCGACUUAUUAAGGUUGCUGAGUUAUUGCAAAUAAAGGGUUUGGCAGUCCCAGAUGAAAUACCCAUUGACAAGAAAAAUACAGCGAAUGACCGUAGCUUAAGCAGUGAAAGGACUAGUCCACCAUCGAAGGUGUCACAAGGAAUAGAGUCCAGUGAUGACAGAAGUAGUCCGCAUCCAAAGAGAAGACGAAGAGAAGAGAGUGGAACACCAUCUCGGGGCGGAUCAUCUCCCACCCAUGCCCCAGAUUCCCCAAAAGCUCCCUUACAUACCAAGGAUAGUAAUCAAAUGCAAGAAAGUUCAAAAAAUUGUUAUUCUGUUCAGGAACAAGUUUUAGAUGAUGUGCACCAGAGAGUGGAAGAUUUAGAGCAGCAGAGUGGAGGUGAUAGAAGAGAACACACAGAGAAGUCCAACACAAACAGAACAGCACAACAGAGAAAUGAUCACCAGGUUAAUCAGAGACUUAACCACCAACCUACCACUCAAGAUUCUUCAAGAAAUCAGUUUAAGGAUGGUGGGGAAGAAGCAAUAAUCAUAAAGGAGGAGGCAUGGGAGGACCCAGGAGACAACCAAAUUAAUUCCAUGAAUGCCAGUAUGGGUUAUGGUCCUUCAGUAGAAGAUUCAUCAGCUGGUGGUAUGGAUGGAAUCCAAGAAGAUCACACUAAGUUAUUGUUACCCAAAGACUAUGAGAGCCAAGGCCACCCUGGCCAGUUACCACAAGCACUGCCAGAAGUUGUUGUUGAGGCACUAGCUGGGCCAUCAAGCAUGCAUGAGUGGCUAGGUGGAGGGGACUUUACUGCAGGGUUAUCUGCAGUGGAAAAUUACAGUGGAGAGGGAAGUCCACCCACUGCUGACCACCCACAACAGCAUCAGAUGGUAGGAGUGCACAGUGACAGUCAGCGGACUGGUGAUGGAGGAGCCACGGGUGCUGAGCGGAGUGGCCCUGCCCGAGAGAUGCACCAGUGUCCUUGCUGUACAUAUUCCACCGCUAGGAAAGACCACAUGAAAGAGCACAUACGUACCCACACUGGAGAGAAGCCAUUUUCCUGUCCACACUGCCCUUUUCGCACAGCAAAAAACAGUGACUUACACAGACAUGUGCAAACCCAUACUGGCGAAAAGCCAUUUGCAUGCUCACACUGUCCUUUCCGUACCUCUCGAAAAAUCAACCUCAAGAACCACCUUCUCACACACACAGUUGAGAAGCAAUUUGCUUGUCCUCAGUGCCAGUAUCCUUGCAGUGGUAAAGGUGCCCUAAUGCGACACAUACGUGCCCAUAGUGAUGAGUCACAUUCCUGUCCUUACUGUCAACUCCGUUUUCCUCGUCGAUCCUUGCUAACUUUUCAUAUGCGAACUCAUACUCAUUUGUAAUCUGCCUUUUCUCAGUGCCUAUUUUUAAAAAGUUUUAAAUAUGGAAAAGAAAUUUAUAGUGUUGAUCAAAAUAUUGUAUAUUAUUGAAAACUCUCAAAACUAAAUAUUUUGCAGCUCAGGAUUGAGCAAAACAAACAGUACAGUACAUAUACUACAUAGUUGUUUAUAUUCCUGUGUGAUUAUUGUGACAGGAGAUGGUCACAUUAGCUCUCAGAAGCAUUAUCCUGAGAGAAGGAAAGGCUCACUUCCUUCUGUCAUUAAUCAGUUUUAUUCCUUGGCAUAGUGAUGAUUGCAGAUUUAAGGUUUUAUCCAGGAUUUGGGGUUUAUUAGUCACUUACUUUGAUCAUUUAAUUUGUCAUCUGAUUCAACCCAUAAUACUCUUUAACCAAGUACAGUAUAGUACAGUAUAAUUAAUCCAUAUAACGAAGAAAUUUUUGGGGAGUGAAUGAAUAAAAAUUUAGUUUGGGUUCAGUUAACAAGUGUCUUGGAAGCGACUACAGGGUAAUUGAUAUUGAGGGUAAACUAAAGAGAAAAAAUCCUACACCACCUAAGAGGCUUAUCAUAUAAAAUACCACCAUCAGUUCCUUGGGAUUGUUUACUUUUGAUAAAAGUUACUUGAGUUAAUUGAUGUAUUGGUAGUCUACAUCACAUUCUCAGUCCACAAUAUCUGCUUCGUUAGCCAUUCUUAUGCCAUUUUUUGUAGGAUUAUAUAAUAUACAACUGUACCUCCUUAUUUCUAUGAUGUUCCUUGUAUACAUUUAAUAAGUAAUUUAUAAGAGCCUAACUUUUAUUUUCAACUGCAAAUACAAGUGAUAACCAAAAUGAAAUACUUGAGCACUGCAUGAAAGUGAGUGUUAGUUUGAGAGGUGGUCAGUGGGGAAGACAUCACCCAGCUUAAACUUGUGAGAGAAAGUGUACUUGUUGUAGAAGGAUUGACAGAUAGGUAGCAUAAAAUAAGGAUGACUUAAUUUUUUCCAUACCAUCUAACUGUUUAAGAGUGAAGCAAAUGCAACACCACUUGUAAACUGUGUCCCAGACUUUAAAAAAAGAGCACAGAAGGGAUGAAAUGUAUACUGUACUGUACGUAUUGUAUUCUAGAGGAAUCUGGCAUUACAAUUUAUAGUAUUGACUUAUGGUACAUCCAGAGAGGCAGUGCUUGUCUGGCUCAUUGGUGUUCCACCACUUGUACAUCUCUUGUUCUGUCUUGUAGACAAAAGUUUUAGCUACAACUAUAUUUUUUUAUGAUGAUUUCUGUAAUGUUUAGUUAUUAUAUAUGAUUACUUCUCAAAGUGUUUACACUGUAUAAUUAUUUUGCAAAGCUUACUGAAGUAGUUGGAACUGUUGGUAAUCUUAUAAUAUUCAUACAGUAUCUUCAAAUACAGGUGAAUGGGGUUUGCUGAAAGUCAAUGCCUUCCCAAUUUAUUUUAGCUAAAUAAAUUUCUCUCGCUGAAAAGAACAGUUUGCGCAUAAAGAGUAAAGCAUAAUGUCAAAACAUUAUCUGUGAUGACUUAAUAGUUUGUGUUUGAGGUCUUGCAUACUGUUAUUAUUUGAGAGAAAUUAACCACAUAUAAUGUAAAGCAUCAAAAUGCAGUACAGUACAGUAGUCUCAUAGUCAGAGCACACCAAGUUAUAAUAAGAUGCUGUUUUUUUUAUAUAGGAAACUAUAUCUUGAACAGAUUAUAUUAUAUAAUGAAUCUCAGAUGAGGUUCAGCUUAACUUAUUUAAAAUAUUUCUGCGAAUUAUAGAUAGUCUCUUGAACUUAAAUGUAGUCAUAAAGCUGGGUACUCUUAAUCUAGAAUGGCUCUUCUGUAAGAGUAUUUCACUCUCAUCAGUUAUUGUAGCAAAAAUUUAUUGAGAGGACAAUAUUCACAAUAUGCACUAUUGGAGUACGUAGUCACCACAUUUUUCUGUAGUAGUACAGUAUUAUUAAACCAGUCCAAGUGUUUAAUAAAUUUAUAUUGAUACUUGAAAAUAAUUAGAAAGCUUUAACCCAGAAAAUAUUAGUAGUUUAUCAUCAGUAAAAUAUUGACUGCACUUAACACAUUCAGUUUUAAACUAAGAGAAAACUAAUUUAGGCAACCUUUAGAAUUCUUCUUACACUACAAUAUUGGUACUUCAACAGAGAUAAUGAUUAUUGAAGGAAUGGGAAACAAAAAUAUUGGUGAAAAAGAAAGUAAUUGAAAAUUAGACUGUUUAAGGUUAUACAUAUUGUACUGUCAUAGCCCUUUACAUAUAGAAUUUGCACCGAGGAUGUCAGCAGCCUUUAUCACAAAAUCCUCAAGGGGUGUUUACCUUUCAGAAUGAAGAAUGAGAUCCUCUACAACUGACACAAUGUGCAGUAAUCAUGAGAUAUUGUAGUUCUGAGAGGCUCCCACAACCUAGCUGUUUAGGUGCUUGUAGGCAUCAGUCUUUUCGUGCUCAUGAAAAUAAAUAAUACUGUAGUUGUCAUCUAAGGCUACUGAAUCAUAUACUGAAUCACGGUGAAGAAUUUAUAAAUGGUUAGUAAUUGAGCUUGUGUCAAGCAAAAGUGCAUUGCAUCAUGUAUUGUAUAUAAAGUUAUUUUGGACAGGAAAAAAAUGGAUAAAGACACAAAUUACAGUGGUAUAGAGAUUUGCCUGGUACUGUUUGGACAUUGAAGACUAAAAGAUUACAAUGUGUUGAACAUUUGUCUAGAAUCAACUUAAUAUAGUGUGGGCUUGAAGAGAGCUUUAUGGGCACUUGCUGAUGGUGAAUCUUGACAAGUGAGCAUCCAACCAAAUAGCUAUUAAGCUGAGAAGUGACAAAGACUAAGAGUUAAUACAGGAAGUAGAAAUUAAGUUGCUGAUGUGUCAGAAAAUAAAUUACCAAAGAUAUUAAUUAUAUGUAUCAUGAUAUGGAGGAGGAAAAUGGUGUGGCUUAUUACUUGUAAAGAUGAAGGGUAAGUUGUUCUUAGGAGACCCAGAGGCUUGUCUAGUUAUAUAU